ACCGACCCCCGCUCCGGGGAGCCGCUGGACCGCGCCUUAGUGCUCUGGUUCCCAGGUCCCCACAGUUUCACGGGUGAGGACUGUGCGGAGUUCCACGUGCAUGGAGGCCCCGCAGUGGUGAGUGGCGUCCUGCAGGCCCUGGGCAGAGUGCCAGGGCUGCGGCCUGCGGAGGCGGGUGAGUUCACCAGACGGGCCUUUGCCCACGGGAAGCUGAGCUUGACGGAGGUGGAGGGGCUGGCGGAUCUGAUCCAUGCGGAGACGGAGGCGCAGCGGCGGCAGGCCCUGAGGCAGCUGGACGGGGAGCUGGGCCAGCUCUGCGGUGGCUGGGCAGAGACCCUCACUCAGGCUCUGGCCCAUGUGGAGGCCUAUAUCGACUUUGGGGAGGAUGACAACCUGGAGGAGGGCAUCCUGGAGCAAGCUGACAGCCAAGUGCGAGAGCUCGAGGUGGCACUGGACACACAUCUACGAGAUGCUAGGCGCGGGCAGAGGCUGCGCUCAGGGGCGCACGUGGUGGUCACGGGACCCCCCAACGCGGGCAAGAGCAGCCUAGUAAACCUACUCAGCCGGAAGCCCGUGUCCAUCGUGUCCCCAGAGCCGGGGACCACCCGUGACGUGCUGGAGACCCCUGUAGACCUGGCCGGGUUCCCAGCGCUGCUGAGCGACACAGCAGGGUUGCGGGAGGGUCAGGGGCCAGUGGAGCAGGAGGGUGUGCGGCGCGCCCGAGAGAGGCUGGAGCAGGCUGACCUCAUCCUGGCCGUGCUCGACGCCUCUGACCUGGCCUCUCCGUCCAGCUGCAACUUCUUGGACACAGUUGUCACCCCCGCGAUAGCUCGGAGCCCCAGUGGGAACAGCCAGCGCCUCUUGCUGGUGCUGAACAAGUCGGACCUGCUGCCCCCUGGGGGUGCAGACCUCAGCCCUGAACUGCCCCCGCACCUGCUGCUGUCCUGCCUGACCGGGGAGGGGCUGGACGGCCUCCUGGAGGCACUGAGGAAGGAGCUGGCUGCAGUGUGUGGGAACCCAUCCACAGGCCCACCACUUCUGACGCGGGCCAGGCACCAACAUCACCUCCAGGGUUGCCUGGAUGCCCUUGGCCACUACAAGCAAGCUACAGAUGUAGCCCUGGCAGCCGAGGCGCUGCGCGUCGCCCGGGGACACCUGGCCCGCCUCCACGGUGGAGGGGGCACCGAGGAGAUCCUGGACAUCAUCUUCCGGGACUUCUGCGUGGGCAAAUGAGGGGACCGCUGAAGCUUGAACAGGCUGGAUGGACACCCAGGGACACCCAGAGCCUUGAGACGCCUGGGAAUAGCUCAGGCCAAACGAGGUUUUCAUUUCCUUGGGGAAGACCUUGGCCGCAAAACACGAGUGAGCUCCCUAUUGCUGAUGGUGACCACGCUCUAGCUGGCCAGGUUCCCCCACGGGGACUUGCUGGGGUUCAGGCCCUCGAGUGGGGCUGAGCAGAGGUCCCUUUGGGCACCUGAUCCUGCGGGAGUAGCCGUGAGGGUUGGGAGGGAGUUAGGAGAGUCUCAGGGGUCUGUUUUUCGUAGUUUUAAUGUAUUUUGUAAAUACCAAAGGAAAAAAUCUCAGGUGAUCCGGAAACGUGGAAAUCCUACCCCCACCGCCACUGGUGUCACAGCAUAACUUAUGUCCUUCUAGAACUUUCUCUGAGUGUUUGUAUACUUGUGAAUGCGCCUGUAAAAUAUGUUUUAUCUUGUAUAUUCUACAAACUUUGUGUGUUUAUUGCUCUGCAGGUUGUCAUUCCUUUUUUAAUAUUAAUCUUGGAACUUUGUCUCUUGUAUCUUAAAAGUGACUUGCAAAA